ACUGAAACUGAACCUCUCACCCUAACAGCAGUGGUUUUCCAUUGGUGGGGGUGUUCUGAGGGCAGUUUUUUAUUUCUGGUGAGAGAGGGUGAUGCUGUUCUCCGUUCACUGGGAAUGUAUUGACUGAGGAUUCAACUCUCAGCCUUCCAGCUGGACCCUGCUGCUGCUCACUGUGUGGGGUUUCAACAAGGACACAAACACACCUGACGGCUGAGCUCUCCCUGGUUGCCGUUUCACGGACCAGUCUUCGAAAUAACCAUGAGGGUCUUCCUCCUGCUUUGUCUGCUGGCGCUAGGCAACACCAAGCCCUACCAGCCGAUUAAUACCAUGGAUUUCAUGAAAAACUAUGACAUCAUGAUGGCUGAUUCGGGUGAUCAAGACGACGACAAUGAUGAGGACGACAACGAUGAUGACGACGACGAUUAUGAUGACGAUGAGAACUGUCCGUCUGGUUGCCGUUGCUCACCCAGAGUGGUGCAGUGCUCAGACAUGGGUCAAAUCGCUGUUCCUGAGAAGAUUCCUGAAGACACUGUGAUACUAGACCUCCAAAACAAUGAUAUUACUGAGAUCAAGGAGAACGACUUUAAAGGCCUCCACAAGCUUUAUGGUCUGUUUCUGAUCAACAACAAGAUCUCCAAGAUUCACCCCAAGGCUUUCAGAAACAUGGACCACCUCAGACUGCUGUACCUCUCCUACAACCUGCUGACUGAGAUCCCAGCAAACCUGCCUCCCAAUAUCAUAGAGCUACGCUUCCAUGAAAACAAGAUCAACAAAAUCCAGACGGAUGCGUUUAAAGGCCUGAUGAAACUAAAUGUGCUGGAGCUGGGCGCCAACCCGCUGGCCAACAGUGGGAUUGCCCUGGGAGCUUUUAACGGCUUGUCGACCCUGUACAUCGGUAUAGCAGAGGCCAAACUAACUGCUGUACCAAAAGACCUCCCAUCCUCCAUCACAGAGCUGAGCCUGGACUACAACAAGAUCUCGAAAGUGGAAAUAGAAGACUUCAUCAGAUAUAAAAACCUAAGGAGGCUAGGACUUGGUUUUAACCAGGUUAAGUUUGUAGAAAAUGGCAGCUUAGCCAGUAUCCCGAGCAUCCGUGAGAUCCACCUGGACAACAACCGUCUGAAAAAGGUUCCACCAAAUCUCAGCUCCCUGCGCUACCUCCAGGUGAUCUACCUCCAUGGCAACAAAAUCAGCAGUGUGGGAGUCAACGAUUUCUGUCCCAUCAGGCCCGAUGUCAAGAAGAACCUGUACACAGGCAUCAGUCUGUUUGCCAAUCCUGUUAAAUACUGGAACAUCCAGCCGGCCACCUUUCGCUGUGUGACCGGACGGAGGGGCGUCCAGCUAGGAAACUUCAGAAAAUAGGGAGUGAGAACAGCUCAAGACAGCUCAGAAAUGGAGAACUGCCAACAUCCUGGUACAAUAUAAGGAAGGAGUUGCAAAUAGGUCUGAUGAAUAAAACAAGAUAAAACUGGAUUCCUAAAAUGUUAGCGGUUCAAGAAAUUUUUAUAUAAUGAAAUGUUCAUUGUAUUGGUGUAUAUUAGCAGGUUUAGUACAUGUUGAAUGCUAUUAUAAUUUUGGCCUACACAUAAAAGUUCUCGCCCAGAGGAAAAAAUGUAACUAGCAACAAAAUUCUAGUCUGGAUGUUGGUGCUUGAAAUGAAUAUUAAAUCAUAAAAUACAAGAAAUAUUUUUAGUAGCUACAGAUACUAUACAGGGGGAAACGUACAGGGGGAGGACAUAAUAACAUGAACCUACCUACCUACCUUUGUGAGGUACAUUCUGUGAGGUGAUCCUUUGUCCCUCAACUUUUGCUGUGUUAACUUUCCCAGGAAUAAAGCGCCACCAUCUGGUCACUUUUUGAGCAAAACCACCCAAUGACCUGACUUGAGUAGUAUUACGUGCUGAUGCCUUUUUUUUUUUUUAAAGAGAUCAUUUUUAGUUAUUUUCUUUCUAGUUUAAAAAGAAGAAAUCUUUUAAUGAGAUAUUCCUUUGAAACCUUUCCAAAUUUAAGUUGUCUUCUAAACAACAACAAACAAAAUACUUUACCCUCUUUUUCAAUUUCCUUACAUAUUAUAUGAAUGCUUUUUUUAAGUUGGGACAUGGUAAUCAUUAUAGAAGAGUCACUAUAGGCCAGAGCUGUAACACAACAGCAACCUAAAAACCACUUUCACUUAAACAUAUUUUCCUUCCAGCAGAAGUCUGUACAGUCAAUGAAUGACUCUGGCAUUAUUUAGUGCAAUAAGUCACUUUGAAGCCCCUUGUCUGUCUUUAUGUGGAUUUUUAUUAUUAUUAUCCCACUGCAUGUCUGUAUUGUCUUUAUUUAGAAACUGCAAGCUAGAUGUCAUCUGGAGUAAAUAUUGUUUUUUAUGUAAACCUAAAACAUCACUUUGUUUUAAUGAACUCUAGCUAACAAAGGGAACUACACAUAUUGAAAUUAUAAGCAGGGAAUGUAUUUCCCAACCUGGAAUGUCUGAUAGUAUCUUCCUUACAAACAUGUUCCCGUUUCCUCCAGUGCUCUCUCCUAUGAAAUGGUGCUAUAUUUAUUUAGUAUGUCUUUAAAUAAACCUGGAACCCCCUCCA